GCGCAGUCGAAGUUGAAGGUUGACGUGCUUUGUGCCAAAGUCCCUCGGGUUGUAGCUUGCUGCUGCUGCUGCUGCUUUUGGUACUGUGCGCGGUUCAGCUCCUUGCAGUGUUUCUUCGUGUGAACUAAUGCAGUUUCGUGCAAAGUGUUUCAAUCAGUUUUAUUUCUUCUACACACAACAUAACAUAAAAAAGUAAUUAAAAGUGUGUGGAAAAGUCCUGCCUGGAACAAACAACAGCCGGGUAUAGUGUUCGUGACGGAAGUGUUGGUGCAUCAAACAAAACAGUUCCAGCUGCAGUAGGCUGAUUCCUUUGGGUGCUUGGUUACGAGUUUGGUGAAAGUCAACAAGGAAAGGACGACAACACGGCAUCAACACCCAAAGCAAGCCUUGUCUUGCACAGCGCAUUUUUCACCAUCGGCCUGCAAGGAGGAUUGUGUGUGAUUCCUGUUGGUCAAUCGAAAAAAAACUGUGCUUGUGUGUUCUUUGCCCCGGAGUAAGGAAAGAAGCCGCGCAGAAGGAACCCCAUCUCAGCCAACUGAACCACACAACGGAUCAGACGCUGCGGCGACCACGCGGAACAGAAGAAACGCAUACAGAGAUACAUUUUUAAAAAUGGUGCAGGCACUAGACGAGUACGACAUUCAGCCGGAUCUGCCCCAGGCGCUGCGAUUGCUGGACGAGAUGAACAACAACUUCCAGCAGGUGUCGGAUCUGGUGGGCAACAUGCUGCAGCGGGUGAAAACGGGCGAACUGUCGACCGAGUACGGGCUAAACUUUCUCGAAAUCAAGUACCACAUGCUGCUGAACUAUCUCAUCAAUCUGACGUACGUGGUGCUGCGGAAAUGUUCCGGACAUCGAAUCGAGAAAGAUCCAUCGAUCGACCGGCUGAUUGAAAUACGAACCGUGCUGGAAAAGAUCCGCCCCAUCGACUACAAGCUGCGCUAUCAGAUCGACAAGCUUGUGAAAACGGCCGUGACGGGAAGCAGCGGCGGUAGCGGGGCGGGCACCUCCGAUCCUACCGCGUUCCGUGCCAAUCCCGCCAACCUUAUGUCCCAGAUGCCGGCACCGGCCGAAGAGGCUGGCGUGGGCAGCUCGGCAGCACCGGUCGGUGGUCCCGAUUCGGACGAUGGUGCCGACUCGGACAGCUCGGCCAUGGUGAUGCUGAAGCUGAAGCGUGCGAAGGAAGCGGCCAAAAAGGGCAGAGGCGGAGACCGUGGUGGUGGUGGUGACGGGGCACAGCGCAGCAAGUCGGACGUGUACGUGCCACCGAAGCUGACAUCGAUGCCUUACGAGGAAGAUACAAAGGCGGACCGGGCCCGAAGGCAGCUGGAGCGAGCAAAAAAGCAUGCCCUCGGUUCGUCACUGAUACAGGACCUGAAGGACGAGUAUCUGGACACGCCGGUCGAGCUGUCGAGCAGCUCCCGGGCCCAGCAGAUACUGUCCCGGCGCGAGCGCGAUCGUGAGGAGUACGAGGAAACGUACUUGACGCGUCUUCCGCUGACGAAGGCAGAAAAACAUCGCAACAAAAAGCUAACGACGCUCGCUACCCUGGGCGAUGAACUAACCAGCUUCACCGAUAUAAGCGUGCUCAACGAAGACUAUGCAUCAACUUCAGCGAGUGGUGCCGGCGGCAAAAAGCGCAAAGCAGGUGGAAAAGGUGCAAAAGCGAGCAAGAAACACGGUAAGAAACGUCGCUUCCGUUAAACAUCGUUCGUGUGGCGAAGAAAAGAAGAAGACAAGCAUAUUAAUGCACAAUAAAAUAACGAUAGUCAGAUUUCGUUUCAAAAGGAGAAAAAAGCUCAUCAGUUGAGAAGGAUGAGCUUUGACGCACUGAUACAAACAGCGGGAAUCAGUUGUUCAUUAAACAAUCGCAAUUUUUGUAACGAUGCUGCAUUUCAUUGGCAUUGGUUUUGAUUUGUGUUUAAUUAUUUUUCUUUUUGUUGAAAUCGUAAACAUUUAAAGAUGAUUUAUGUUUUGGAAGUGUACGACUCUCUAAUCAACAUAUAAUUUGCGUUAGUUUAAGAAAAUUACAGAUUGAGCGCAUUUAUUCGGUAUGAUUUAUUUAGAAAAGGUGAGCUGCGAUGUGACGCAAAAUAGUAUAAAACUGUAACAGACAGAAAAUGCCGACAGGCAAAACAUUAAAUGUGUAAGGAGAUGGAAAGAUACAAAACAUACGAAAGAAGCAAAACGUUACUAGAAAAGCCUUUUAUAAUAUAUUUAUAAGAGCUUAUUUUUUCUGUUUUCAACAACUUUAUAACCGGUAAAAUAGCAAUCUAACAAACAGAAACAAAAAGCACAACCUGAUUACAUAGGGAAAAGUGCAAAUCAAACAGCCAAAUCAAUAAUAACUACUCUCAAAACGGGCCAUAAAUAAUAUCCGUCGUUGUUCUUUUGUUUUUUGUUCAGUACAUGUCAGUCAGUUCGUUAUUAUUUCCUUCGUUGGGCGUUCGUUUUCGAAAAGCAAAAUAUACAAAACCCCACUAGUUAUAACGAAAUAGAACUAAAGUGUAAAAUAAAACUGUGCAAAAACAAAAACAGCAGCAAAACUGAGAAUAGUUAAAGAUAUGAAAUGAAACCUUUAUGUUGUUUUUUCUAGUACGAAUACAAAUGAAGAAUCGGUGUCAACUAGCGAUGAGAAGUGAGAAAGGAGGGGGCAGAUACAGCUGUUAGAAAGGAACGUAACGACAAGUAGAUUAUCGAGCACACGAUAAAAGGGGUUGAGGGAAAACGAAGGGAUGUUAAGAUAGGAUUUACCAUAUUGUUGCCUUUUUCUAUAACAGUACGUAAGGAAAGAGAUUUCUUAUAAGAGUUUAGCGAACGUGCGCUGCCGAAAACAAAACAAAACAGUAACCGAACACAAGAAAGUAAAUUAAAGAACAGGAGAUAAAAAAAACAGGAUAACAAAAUAGUAAAGAGAGUCAGUUAUUGUAAAAAAGAAAGCAGAUUACAUAAAUAUUAAACAAAAAAAAAGUACGUAGCAAUGGGAGAAUGAACGUAAAAGCAUGUGUAAACAAAUAAAAGAAAGCAAACCAACUAGAAAGAAGGUAUAAACAACAGACAGAACAUAAACGAGAAGCACUAUAGAACGUAUAGAAGAAUGUGGCGUAUCAAUUAGACUGGGUUGCUGCUGCAGAAGCGCGCGUUUAUACAACUUUUUACUAAACAAAAGAUAUGAAGCAAAAUGUAUGCUAAAGUGUUUACAAACAUUCAUUUUCUGUUCGAUGUUUUAGAUUGAUUUAACUUUAAAACAAGCAAAUCAAUAAAUCGAUGCUCCUAGCAGGAGUGUAUGUAAGAACUGUUUUCAUGAUAGAAGAACAUACUGACAUAGCCAAAACCUCAACAAACGACGAACUCGAACGCCCGGUUGAAGGAAACAAUGAACAAACCAAAAGAGUAAACAAUAGAAAAGGAAGGAAAGAGAAUGUAACUUAAUUAAAGAGGUUCCAGAAUCGGAAAGAUGUGUAGAAACGUGGCAACACAU